UUGUCAGUUUACUUUCUCGAUCCCAUCUCUCUUUCUGUCACUGCUCUCCCUUCUCUGCUGUCUUCUUUCUGCUACUGCUGCUACAGCCGCCGUCUGCCCUUUAAAGCUUACACUUAGGCUUUGCUGUGCUGUGACGGAGGAGUCCACUUUGGCUUUAAGUGGAAAGUUUUAGUCUCAAUAAGAUAAUUGGGUCAUAACAACACAAAAGAGCCAAUAUGCUGCAGGAGAUUCAGGAGAUGGGCUCACAUGUCAAGGAUAUCUAUGAUUUCCUCGUAGCAGGAAUUGAUCCACGGAUCGCAGGUUAUCCUCUGAUGCAGAGUCCUAUUCCCAUGACUGCAAUAUUGCUGUCCUACCUGUUCUUUGCACUGUACCUCGGACCUCGCAUAAUGGCCAAUCGCAAGCCCUUCCAGCUCAAGGAAGCCAUGAUAGUUUACAACUUCGUGCUAGUGGCUUUGUCAAUAUUCAUAGUGUAUGAAUUUAUGAUGUCUGGAUGGGCCACAACAUAUUCUUGGAGAUGUGAUGCAAUUGAUACCUCUAACAGUCCUCAAGCACUACGAAUGGUCCAAGUGGCGUGGCUCUUCUGGUUCUCCAAGAUUAUUGAGCUGAUGGACACAAUCUUCUUUGUGUUGAGGAAAAAGCACAGUCAGAUUACCUUCCUACACAUCUUCCACCAUUCCUUCAUGCCCUGGACGUGGUGGUGGGGAGUUAGCUAUGCUCCAGGCGGAAUGGGAUCUUUCCAUGCCAUGGUGAACUCUUCCGUCCACGUUGUUAUGUACUUCUACUACGGCCUUUCUGCUGCUGGACCACGCUUCCAGAAGUUUUUGUGGUGGAAGAAAUACAUGACUGCCAUUCAGCUGAUCCAGUUUGUGCUAGUAUCACUCCAUGCUACCCAGUAUUACUUCAUGGACAGCUGUGACUACCAGUUCCCUGUGGUCCUCCACCUCAUCUGGAUGUAUGGCACCUUCUUCUUUGUGCUGUUCUCCAACUUCUGGUUCCAGGCUUAUGUGAAGGGUAAGCGUCUGCCAAAACAGUGUCAGAACGGCACAGCUGUGUACACAAAUGGCAAACACUACGAGAAUGGCACCAGUGUGAAAAACAGCACUACCAAUGGUGUCUCACAUGGAGUUACCAAUGGCACCACGGCUGGCAUCAAAAACGGAGUUACCAACAGCAUUAAAAACGGCACCAGCAAUGGCUCUGUUCACAAUGAGAACGGCAGCUCUUACAUGGGCAAGAUGAAGAAGGCCUAGGAACUCUGGACAGAAAAGUCCAAGAUAUAUGGCCCAGUGAACCUGAUAAAAUUACUAGAGAUUCCAAAUAAUUUGCCUGUUUUCUUUGCCUGUUUUUCUUUUAGUUUUCUAUGUUAAAUGUGGGAGAAUGAUGUGGUCAGUGACUUCCACAGCUGGGGUCCCAAAUUUUGGUUGGUUGGUUUGUUUAGUUUCUUUGCAUUGGGGAACCAUUUAUGGAACACAGUGUAUGAAGAGAAGAUGUUUUGACUCAAGUUAUCUUCACUGAUGUUGCAAACAACCUCCUAAUUCAGUAUCACUUUGGUGGCCUUUCACCACACUUGUCUUCACUACUUCUGACCCCCAUGUCCUCCUGACCUGCUGUGGACAGAUGACUGUACAGUUUCUAUCAAACUUGAAGAUGCUUUUUUUUUUUUUUUUUUUUUUGUAAAUAGUUUUA